AAAACUGAAAGAGGAACAGACCAGAAACUGAAGCAGGAAGAAGAAACACGCAAGAAGAAGAAGAUGCUAGGAAAGAAAAGGAAGAGCAGGACCGAAGCAAAAGAGGAAGCUGAAAAAUUAAACUGGAAGAAGAACCACGAAGAAGGAGGAAGAGAAGAAGCACGUAAGAAGGUCGAAGAGGCAAAGAAACAACAAGAAGAACAAGAACGCAAGGAGAAAGGAGCUGAAAAACUGAAACAGAAAAGAAGCACGCAAAAGGAAGAAGCUGCUAAAAAACAAAAGAAGAAGAGGAUCGAAAGAAGAAGCACGCAAAAAGGAGGAAGUAGCUAAAAGCAAAAAGAAGAAGAAGAUCGAAAGCAGAAAGAAGAGCAGGAACGCAAGAAGAAAGAGGAAGCUGAAAAGCUAAACUGGAAGAAGAGCACGCAAAAAGGAGGAAAAAAAGAAGAGGAAGACCGAAAGCAGAAAGAAGAACAAGAACGCAAAAAGAAGGAAGAAACAAAAACUGAAAGAAGAAGAAGCCCGGAAGCAAGAGGAGGAGGCUAA